AUGUCUUCGCCGGAUAGGAUCAACCGCUAUUCUAUGCCGGUGACUCGCUCGCGUACCGGGUUGUACGACGUUGGUCUCGAUCAAACCAACACGACUCGGUUCCUUUUUGGCGACGAUGAGCCAAAGGCGCUUGGACACGGUGCUGUUCCUGACGAGAACUUCCCGACUCUUGUUCGUCGCGACGAUCAGAUUACAUCCCUAUCCUCCAGAGGCUGGAGCCGUGUUGUUAACCGUCACCGACCUCAGCAGAGCUUGUCGUCUAUCAACGGAGGUUCAGGUCAAGUCAACGACCUCGCAGGCCUUAAGAGUCGACCUGCUGCGUUCCGCCACUCCCUCGACCUCAAGUACAUCUCAGAGAACGCAGUCGAGACUGGUCCAAUCAUGUCUUCGCCUGCGAAUCAGAACAUGGCCAGCCCGCCUAAGCUUCAGAGCUCGUUCUCUGCCAACGACGUCCCCACUGUUAAGAGCACUGCGACAUCGUCCAUGAUCAACGCCAACGCCAACGUCAAUGCCAACAACCAUGCUCAGCAGCACUUCCACAACCACAAUGCCAGUCUCGGCCGCAUCCCUGCUGGCGUCCUCCCUCGUGGCCACAACCGUGAGCUGUCGGCUGAAAGCGUCGCCGUGAGUCGCGAGCAGGCCACCACCUAUCCCUCGAUCCAGUCAGCUCUCCAGGCCAGUGCUGCUCCUUUUGGUCCUAGCACUACCACCGCCGCUCCUCCCACCUCAAUGGUCUCCUCCCCUGCUGGUACGCCUGCCGCGAACAACAACUUCAACAACGGCAACGGCAACGGCAACGGAUUCUACCCUGUCAAUGGCUUUGGGGCUCAGCAGGGUGUCGCCCAUCCUCCCGGACCCGGCGCCUACAACGUCAACAUGAUCGCCAACGGUAUGCAGCACAUGAACAUGAACGGCGUCAAUGGCGGCAACGUGUAUCCUCCUCAGAACUUCAAUGGCUACAACUCGCUUCCCUACAACCAGGGCAACCAGCCUCGUGACAGCCAGGCUCGUGUGAUUCAGCACCGCCGCCAGCUUGACAACGAAGCCAUGUCCCGCUACCAGAACAUGCCUCUGGACUCCUUUACUGGCCAGAUAUAUGACUUGUGCAAGGACCAGCAUGGUUGCCGCUACCUUCAGAAGAAACUGGAAGAGCGCAACGCUGAACAGGUUCAUAUGAUUUGGCUCGAGACCAACCAGCACGUCAUCGAGCUCAUGACGGACCCAUUUGGUAAUUAUUUGUGCCAAAAGCUCCUUGAGUUUUGCAAUGACGACGAGAGGACCGUCUUGAUCCAGAAUGCUUCUCAGGACAUGGUGCGCAUUGCCCUCAACCAGCACGGCACGCGCGCACUUCAAAAGAUGAUUGAGUACGUGAGCACCCCUCAGCAGGUUCACCUCAUCAUCGAGGCACUUCGUUUCCGGGUUGUCGAGCUCAUCCAGGACCUGAACGGCAACCACGUCAUCCAGAAGUGUCUCAACAAGCUCACCGCCCCUGAUGCCCAGUUCAUCUUUGACGCAGUCGGUCAUAACUGUAUUGAGGUGGGCACUCACCGACAUGGCUGCUGCGUCUUGCAGCGCUGCAUCGACCACGCAUCCGGCGAUCAGAAGCUGUGGCUUAUCCAACGCAUCACCGAGCACGCCCGGGUUCUUGUGCAGGAUCCCUUUGGCAACUAUGUCGUCCAGUACAUCAUCGACCUGAACGAGCCUACUUUCACUGAGCCCAUCGUGGGUAUGUUCCAGGGAUGCAUCAGCCAGCUGUCCCGCCACAAGUUCAGCUCCAACGUGAUUGAGAAGUGCCUUCGGUGCGCUCAGGCCCCUUCCAAGGAUAUGAUUGUUGAGGAGCUCCUGGGCCCCCAGGAGAUGGAACGCCUGCUUCGCGACUCGUUUGCCAACUAUGUCAUCCAGACCGCCUUGGAGUAUGCCACCCCUCAUCAGAAGUACCAGCUUGUUGAGUCGAUCCGUCCUAUUCUGCCUCAGAUCAGGACCACUCCCUACGGUCGUCGCAUUCAAGCUAAGAUCUCUGCCUUCGACAACCGCGGCAGCGCUGCUUCUAGCGGACAGGUCACUCCGGCCGACAACACCCAGGGCCAGAUCCCUCUCCGCCCUUCACACACUCGCGGCAUGCCCUCUACUGGCCCUAUGAUGCAGCCCAACACUGUUCCCAACGGCCCUAUGCCUGGCAUGGGGAACCAUGGUAUACGCCAGAACAUGCCCGGCUACCCACCUAACCCCACUAUGAACGGCCAGGUGCCGGCUGCUGGAGCCCAUAUCCAGCAGCCUCACUACGGACAGAGAGCCCCUGGCAACUUUGCCCAGACGGCCAACGGGACUGUUAACAGCGCCGUCAAUGUCGGUGCUAACAUCAACGGCAACGGUAACAUGGGCGCUCCCGUCAAGGCUACUGACAACACGAGCAGCGGCGCCAGCCCUGCUAACGCCAAGGUAGCCGGCGGUAACAACGCCAACGAGGCCGAGGAGCCUCAGUGGCUGUAAACCCGACUUGUGCUCCCCCACAAGUCUGCCACUGAUGGAUCAGGGGACGGCCCGAUUGUACAAUGAUGCUCAUUAUGGUUUUCGUCGGAUGUCGAGCGGGCGGCGUGUUGUGCAGAUGCAUGCAGAUGCAGAUGCACACACAGCUACCUGUGGCACCGUCAUGAUUUGACGAUUUUCUUUUGAUCUCUGUUUCACUACGCCUCAAAACCACAGCCAAAAGGGCGCAGGCCCAUUUCGAUCUCUUCGAAGCGGUUGACACGACAGCGACAGAGUUGCUCGUGUGUACAUUACCAGAAGGGGCGCUACGAACUACAGCCAGAUGUCUUGCAGCAACGGCACCUUGUCUUCUGCUAGAGGAGGGAAUAGCAGCUUGCACAGGAGCGUCAGCAGCAUCACAACCGGCGUGUACAUGUAUUUGGAUCGUAAGAUCCUAACCAACCAAACCUCGGCAUAGACGACUCGGUUCUUUUCAGCUUUUUGUUUUCACUACCUUAGGUCUUUGCAAUUUCGACUCCAGGGCGACACAUGUUUUUGAACGAGGAAUUUCGAUGCGCAUCAUCACUUGCGAUAUGGGACUUGAAAUCAGCAUCACUCAUGAUUUACGUCAAGCUUUCGACAUGAUCGUUUACGAUAUACGCGUACGGUUUUGACAAGACACUGAGUGUUCUUCUCUUUCCUUUCGACACAGGACUGCUUCUACAGCCUGGAUGGACCUAGAUGGUCACAUUCUGAUUAGGCGAGAACUUUUUGAUGCCGAGAUUAUCCUGGCUGCUUUCUGGUCCAUUCUACUCAGGCUAUCCAUACAACUGGUGUGCCGGGUCAUGGUAAAGGUCAAGCAGUAUCUGCGGUAUUCUCGUUUUUUUUUUUACUCUUUUCGUUUGGGUUGUAUGACUUCAGGGACAAUUUACGGUUGCUUUUCAUUCGGGGUUGAGGAUAUGCCGGCUUGCUGGCCAGACAGAGGACGGAGAAGUUGCCCCCCGCCUGUAUUUAGACAAGGUCUUUGAAU